AUGCGUUUCAAACCAAAUAUUCUUGAUGAUGUUACUAAAGAACAUUGGGCGCCACCGUCUCCACCACGCCCAAAAUAUUGCAGUGCGGACGACGUUUUCUUUUUAGAGGAUGAAUCGGGAAGAAUCAAAUUGGUUGGCGAUAUUCUAAAGCGAGAAACUAGAGUAACAGGUGUAAUAAUGGCAGUGUUAGGGAAAGAAAAUACCGAAGGAAAUUUUGAAGUAUGUGACAUAUGUGUUGCUGGAUUUCCAUAUCAACCAUCAGCACCAGUAAUUACAGAUGAUAAAUAUAUCGCUCUUGUAAGUGGAAUGAAUAUUGGACCAAAUUAUUCAUCGGCAUUGCAGUUACAACUUAUGACGGAAUACCUUACUGGUGAAUUAGGAAAUUCGUUUGUAAGGAUAAAUGACAACAAAAUUGCUCGAAUGAUAGUCGCAGGUAAUAGUUUGCAGGAAAUAAAAGUAGUUGAAGAUGAGAAGAAAGAAAAAAAGUAUGGAUAUGAUAGCUCAUCGUACAAUGCUCAACCGCUUUCUGAUUUAGACAAUAUCCUUAAUGAAAUUUGUUCAGAAUUACCCGUUGAUUUAAUGCCAGGAGGCAAUGAUCCAGUAAAUACAUUUUUGCCUCAACAGCCUUUUAUUUCUGGUCUGUUACCAAAGGCUUGUCAGAAUUCGACUUUUCACCGUGUCACAAACCCUUACUGGUGCGAGAUUGACGGUGUUGUGUUCUUUGGUACAUCAGGUCAAACAAUUGACGAUAUUGCUAAAUAUGUUGAAAAUGAAGAUAGACUUAAAUUAGCAGAGCAAACUUUGCAUUGGAGACAUGUUGCACCAACCACACCAGAUACACUUUGGUGUCAUCCAUUCAGAGAUUAUGAUCCUUUUAUAAUGAAGCAAACACCACAUGUAUAUUUUAUUGGAAAUCAAAAAGAAUUCGCUACAACUAUUAUAAAAG